AACAACUGGUCAGAGAGGAGGAAAAGUGUCAUUAGCUCGCUUCUUUAGUUUUUCCGCCAGUCUAGAGCACAAUUUAUUCCCACGUUUUUAGCUUCGGGGUUCGUAUUUUUCGGAUAUUCCCGUCACACUCGCGUGUCGAGCUGUUACGAAUAGCUCCGGGCGAUGAAGUUACGGAGAGCGGCUAGCGGCGGCUAACUGGAUGUCUUUCGGUCACUUACAAUUGUCAGAAGUUGGCUAGUUCCGAGCUAGCUACUACGUAGUAAGCUAGCGUUCGAGGAGUGCGGGCAGGCUGCUGUUUAUUGUGUGUGGUAGCCUGCGGUGGGCUCUGACCGGCUAUUAAAACACAUCACGUCUCGUCGGGUGUCUGCAAACGUGCCGAGGUUCCCCGUCGGCCGUGGACCGAGAGAAGGAGGAGGUCUCGGAGAGAUAUCCCACCAUGGAUUUAUUUGACAGCAACAGUUCAGAACACGCCAACCUGCCAAGGAACAUGAUCGAGAACAGCAUGUUUGAAGAAGAGCCUGAUGUUGUGGAUUUGGCUAAAGACUCUGGAACAUUUCCGACGCUCCCUGCUCUUGACCCCGAUGAGGUGUCGUAUGAGCCUCGCAGCUCGCGGCUCCUUGUGCGAGGCCUGGGAGAGAACGACAUGGACGAGGACGAGGAGGACUGCGAGUCUUCAGCUCGUCUGCUGGGCAUGUCCUUCAUGAACCGCAGCUCCGCUCACAGAUCCAACACUUCCCCGUACACCAGACAAGCUCCACCGAGAUCAUGUUCACGACCUUCAGCACGCACAAUGGUCGUAUGCGUGCUACUCCUGGUGAUAGUGGCCUCUAUGACCAUGGUGCUGUACUUCUUACCAGGCUGCACCUUUACCAAGACUGGUUGUCCCAAAGCGAACAGUAGCACUCCCAUUGAGCCAGUCUACCCUACGUCCUCCACCGGUGACGUGUUUCCGUGGGCGCGCUACCGGCUUCCUCAGAGUGUACAUCCCGUCAGCUACGACCUCACCCUGAACCCCGACCUGGACGACAUGACCUUCACUGGGCGGGCUGUCAUCACCAUGUCUGUUUUUCACAACACCGACCGCAUCGUCCUGCAUGCAGCGAAUCUCAACAUCACUAAAGCUACCUUCAAGCAGCUGGGUGAUGGGGACGCCAGGGACGAGACUAUACUGGAGUACAGAAACAAUGAGCAGAUAGCUGUGAAGUUCUCCGAGGAACUGCAGGCAGGCCAGCGCUGCGUUUUGACCCUGGAUUACUCCGCCGCCCUCUCUCACACCUAUGGUGGUUUCUACAACAGCUCAUACAUCGAUAAAGAUGGAAACAAAAGGGUCCUUGCAGCUACGCAGUUUGAGCCACUCGCUGCCAGGAAGGCCUUCCCAUGUUUUGAUGAACCAGCAUUCAAAGCUACUUUUCAGAUUAGGAUCAGCAGAAAGUCGGACUACAUGGCUCUCUCCAACAUGCCGUUGGCUAAAUCCACCCCUCUGGAAAAUGGCCUUGUGCAGGAUGAGUUUGAAAAGACCACCGUCAACAUGAGCACGUACUUGGUGGCGUUCAUAGUAGCUAAUUUUACUCCAAUCAGCAAAAAUGUUUCAAACACCCUGGUAUCAGUCUACUCUGUGCCAGAGAAGAAGGAGCACACUCACUAUGCUCUGGAAAUGGCCUCUAAGCUGCUGGCAUUUUACAAUGAGUUCUUUGAAAUUGAGUACCCCCUAAAAAAACUAGACUUGGUCGCUAUCCCUGACUUCCUGGCCGGAGCCAUGGAGAACUGGGGCCUCAUCACUUUCCGGGAGACCACCCUGUUGGUUGGCAAAGACUCCUCUCCGCUGGAAAAACAAGUCGUCGCGUCCGUCAUCGCGCACGAGCUUGCCCAUCAGUGGUUUGGAAACCUGGUCACGAUGAGCUGGUGGAACGACCUGUGGCUCAACGAAGGCUUUGCCACUUACAUGCAGUACACGUCACUGCAGACUGUGUCGCCCAACCUGGACACUGGGAAUUUGUUUCUGGCAGUGCGCUUCAGAGCCUUGGACAAAGAUGCGCUGAACUCCUCCCACGCUGUGUCGGCGGAGGUUAACGCAGAUGAACAAGUGGAGGAGAUGUUUGACUCCGUCUCCUAUGAAAAGGGUGCCUCUGUUCUCCUGAUGCUGCGCGCUUCACUGCCAGAAGAGCAACAGUUCAGGAAGGGUAUUAUCCAAUACCUCAAGGAAUUCAGCCAGUUAAAUACGGACACUGGUGACCUCUGGAAUAGCCUCACCCAGGUUGAUGUCUCCUCUCUGCACCAGAAUGUAUCGGAGAUGAUGAGCUCAUGGACGUCACAGAAAGGCUUCCCUCUGGUCACUGUGAGUGUUCAGGAAGACCAGGUGGAGAUCAAGCAGGAGCACUUCCUGCUGACGUCUGACGAUGCCACGCGUACUUCAAGCUUGUGGAACAUCCCGGUGACGUACGUCAACGACAGCUGCAGUGUGGCUCCUGAGUGCAGACAGGUGUUCCAUCUCAAGUCCAAGUCAGACACUCUGAAGCUCCCAGGAAAAGUCAAGUGGCUGAAGCUGAACUAUCAAAACACAGGCUUCUACAUUGUUCACUAUGGAGAUGAAGGCUGGGCUGCGCUGACGGAUGCUUUGUCCAAAAAUGUCAAUGCUUUGACGCACGAGGACCGUGCCUCGCUUAUACAUAACAUCUUCGCAUUGUCCAGACUUGGACGCGUCUCCUUCUAUCAAGUCCUCAACCUGCUGAAAUACAUGUCCAGCGAGACGGAGACGGCGCCCGUGACAGAGGCGCUGUUACAGCUCAACAGCAUCUACAAGCUGCUUGAUAAGAGACAGGAGUCCGGUCUUCAGGCCCGCAUGAAGGAUUACAUUCUGCGCAGUUUUGGAUCUUUAAUGGACAACCAGACGUGGGGAGAGGAGGACAGCGUGUCCAAACAGGAGCUGCGCUCAGCGCUGCUCGGAACAGCCUGUAGCUUGAUGCAGGAAAAUUGUGUUCAGCAUGCCAAAUCCCUCUUCAAACAGUUUGCAGAAUCCAGUGGGACAUUACGGAUUCCAGGGGAUCUGCAGCAAGUCGUUUUCACCGUCGCUGCUCAGUCGGAUGAAGACUGGAUGACUUUGCUCAACAUGCACCAAAACGUCACCUUGGAUUCAGUGAAGCGAAAAAUGCUGCAAGGCUUAGCAUCCACCCAGGACGCACGGCGAAUAAUCUGGAUUCUGAAGGCGGGUCUGGACGGAACCUUCAUCCAGACGCAGGACCUGCCUCUGGUCAUCAACACUGUGAGUCAGGGUUUCGCAGGCUACUUGUUUUGCUGGGAUUUCAUUCAAGAGAACUGGGACCGCCUUAUAGAAAAGUUUCCUCUGGGUUCCUUUGCCAUUCAGACAAUCAUUAAAUCUGCAACCUCCCAGUUCUCUACACAGGCACACCUUGAUCAGGUGCAGGCGUUCUUCUCCAGCCUGAAGGAGCGUGGCUCUCAGAUGAGGAGCGUGCAGGAAGCUUUGGAAACAAUCAGGCUGAACCAGCGCUGGAUGGACAAGAACCUGCCGUCGCUCCAGCAGUGGCUGUGAUCCGGCGCCUCGUCCAGCCCCCACCCCAGUGACGUGCAGAUGGGGUGUGUCUUUGCGACAACAACAGCAGAGUUUGCACUAUCGUAGGACCGUCUCUCACCUCCCCGGCGGCCCGGCCAGGGUGCGAGCCGGCGGUGACGGCCGUGCUCUGGCUCCGUGCACCGAGAGGUUUUCGUUGCUUGAGAUUCGUCCUGCCAGUUGUACUGGAUAGCUCAGGGUGGCUCUGAUCGCGUGUCCGGCUCGGCGUGGUCAGGCGCAGCACACACUCCUCACGCUUUGAUGCUGGCGACCAAACCUCCCUCGCAGCUCUCAUCGCAAACCGCAAGCCCGAGCAGACAAUCACGCUUCGCCCGCACUCCCUCAGCCCCGGCUGGACCUUCGGCUCCUCGGUGUAUGAGCUGCGCUAAAGUUACCUUCAAAAAUCAAAAGUAUGAUGAAUGUAAGUGUCUGUGUGAUUAAUGUAGGUCAGAUAUGAAAACGUAGCCAUCAUGCAGUCACCUGCACUGAUGACGUCAAGUUACUGCUACUCAACUAUUCUAUAGAUACUCUAAAUUACUCGUGCAACAACAUGGAUAUAAAGAAUUAGGUCAAAUAGUCAUUUUUGAACUUGGCAUUGGUUGAUUGGUUGAUUGAUUGACAGCUUAUAAAAACCAAACUUGUGUUGGCAUGUGUUGAAUGUACUGAGAAACCUUCCCACUGUGUACAAUAGAAGAACAACAGUGCAGGUUUGAAUCAGCAACCAACGUGUCUUAGUGAGGGCAGACGACGCACACUGGAGCCAAAUCUUUCUUUUUCUUUCUUUCUCUUCUUUUUGUUACAAGACAUACACCAGCUUAGCUCCAAUCUGCUACUGUUACUUUGUGUUUUGUUGCCUGCAAUAGCAGCCGCUGUACAGAUUUUGCUCCUUGACUCCAUUUGCUUGUAAAAUUGUAAUUAUAAUGUAAAUAUGCUGCAGUCUUUUUCCCUAGCAGGUUUGGAUGUAUUGUUUUAAAAUGUACUGACUUUUAAUGUUUGGAGAUUUGUUUUCUGUUGCGCGUGAAGAUUGUACAGAGGAGCUGGAUGCACAAGAUUGACCUGUAGUCUUGGUCAGAACCUUAUAAGGUAUUUCUUGCGUUACACAACCAAAAUGCAAAUUAUAAUGAAAAACAUUUGAUGAUAAUCAGCUCAUCCAAAAAAAAAAGAAAAAAAAACUGACCUCAUUGCUCCAGAGAAUGAGAAGCAGUUACUUAUUGACUGUCUCAA